AUGGGACGGGAUCUAGCGGGGUCAUUUAUUGCCUCCGCGGACCAUGAAUAUGUCGAGGCCCCUGUCAUUGGCGAUGAAGAAUCGCUCGUUGACGUUGUUCGAAAACUAGACAAUUUUAUAACUUUGUUGAUCUCCGAGGCUUCGUAUACUUUCGAAGACAUGCGAUCUUCUCCGGACCAUGGCAUCAGAUUGCUUAUAAAUUCAUUGGCGGAAAAUUCUCGCAAUCCUUGUAUUAUAUCUGCUUUAAUGAUCUUGAAGUGGAAGUUUGAAAAGGCUUGGGGACAUGACAGAGGCCAAAACGAAACCCGAGGGUUUGCUUGCGAGUAUAUUGCCUGGAAAUUCCUUUGUCAUCUUCAUAAGCGGGAAAUGAUCCAGUAUCUUCUGGAGGAGCUCACCCGUCCUCUACCAGACGAAGUUGGUCUCAAUCGACCGGAGAGUGGCAUAUCUGGACUUACAUUUUCCACAGGGGACCAUCGUGCUCAGGAAAGCGAGAGGACUCCACUUUUGCCGAACUCUGGAGCUUCGCAAUCCCGUUUCUUUGCAAGCGGUAGACGACAGGCAAGCUCCCUGGAGAGUGGUAGCCAAGAUUUUUCAAACUUUUUCGGGAGCGCAGAUGAAGCUGAACAAUUUUCCAUGUUCUUUGGGCUGAAUGCCCUUGAAAUCGCAACUAUUGCCCAGGCAAAAAAGUUUCUCAGCCAAAGAGUAGUCCAGCGAGUAAUAGAUGAUCUCUGGACCGGAGAAAUUGUUUUCUGGGACUCCCUCAGCGUUCAUUCAAUAAAGAAACCGCAACUUUUUAAUAAAAGGACGGCAGAUCCGUAUUCUCGAUUAAGAGUACCGGCAUAUCGAAAAGCUUUUGAAGCCGCCUUCUUUGUCUCCUUUCUCCUUCUUUAUUAUGCAGUUCUUGUUGAGAGGAAGCCAACUGGAAUAGGAGUUUUCGAAGCCCUAAUGUAUAUUUGGAUCGCUGCUUUUGCGUACGAUGAGAUAAGCGGAGUGGUUGAUUCUGGAAUGCUCUUCUAUCAGAUGACCUUCUGGAACCUCUGGGAUCUUUUCAUCAUAGGUACCGGUGCUGCCUUUGUCGUUACGAGUGAGCACCUGAACCCCUGUGAAUCUGCCUCGUCGGUAUUAAUUUUCUCCCUAGUGAGCUUAAAUCCAUACUUCGGAAGUCUUACGAAAGCGUUUUUCCGCUUUAUGCCUGUGAUCAUCGUUUUGUACCUGGGUUUCCUAACAACAUUUACCAUGCUUUCUCGCGACCGCCUCUCCUCACAGCAGAUGUCCUGGAUUCUGGUGAAAAUAUUCUUUGGGUAUGGCGGUCAAAACUUGCUCCUGUUAUUGAUAUCGUCAUUGGUCAGUUUGAUGAGUAUGAGCUUGGAAGGGGUUAUGUCUCAUGCUCGAGAGGAGUACCUGUUUCAGUUGGCAAUCUAUGUCUUGGAGAGCAGUAAUUCUCGGAGACUAACAUACUUCCUACCGCCAUUGAACCUAAUUCCGCUUCUCUGUAUCCGACCCAUGAGACUUUUUCUCCCUGCGGAGAAUAUUCGACGGGUGCGCAUCAUUCUCCUUAGGGCAACCCACCUUCCGCUUGUUGCGCUGCUUUGGGCCUAUGAGUCUAGCCGCCGAUUUGCCUUACGGCGAAACAGUCAGUCUCCCCCAACUAUAGCGGCCCGGGAAUUCAGCCGUCCAACUUCAUCGACUCGGGCUCGUUUUGUGCUCUCCACGCACCCAGCUCCCUCUCAGACUUCCGCAGCGGAUGCGCAGUCUCUAGCUCCCGGGGGCCAUGUGGGGUACAAUCCCAGUGUGCAACGACCUGGUACGCGUGAGUCAGAGGCAGGUCCGUCUAGACCAAAUGACAUCGCAGAAAUGAUUGCGGAAAUGGAACGACUGCGCGCUCAAGUCGAGCGGGUUGCCGCUGUUGUAGGGGUUCACCAACGAAAUCGACGGUAA